AUGACGACAAAUGCAACAACAAGUUUCUUAGUCACACAUCUAGCAAGCAUUCAGACGCAAAUCACACGUUGCUUAGCUAUUCCAUUAGUUCUCGGCAUAUUCGGUAAUUCGGCGUCAUGUAUGGUUUUCGGUCAAAAACAACUUCGUUCAAGUGGUGUAUCACGUUUUUUCAUAGCCGCGUCAACGUUCAACAUUAUUGUACUUAUCUAUGGUGUUGGUACAAGUUUCUAUGCGCUUGAUCACGUUAGUCCUGAUACAUAUUCACUGACUUUUUGUAAACUACGUUUGUAUAUACGACAUAUCCUUUUGAUGAUUGUCCGAAGUUAUAUUAUUCUCGCUUGUAUUGCUUCGUUCGGGAUAUCCUCUCCUCACACAAGUUUACGCUCUUUAUGUCAACCGCGGUAUGUCAAUUGGGCAAUCGUUCUGGUUCCACCGGCUUGGCCAUUAAUCGCCAUACAUAUGACAUUUUUUAACACCAUCCAAAAAAGUCAAUGUGUUAAUAUUGAAUCAUAUGUCAUACCAUUUGGGAUCUAUUUUUUUCUUGUUGUUGGCCUUUUACCGGUCGUUCUGAUGGUUAUAUUCAUUUCAUUAACAACCCGAAAUUUACGUCGUUUACAUCAUCGUGUUCGAGCAACAGUUCUUCGCCCAGCAAGAUUACAAUCACGUGAUCGACAUUUCAUACGCAUGCUUCAAGGGCUCGUUCUAAUGUAUGUCAUUACGAAUCUGUUCUAUCCAGUCAAUGUUUUAUACUCGGCUGCAACCCAUUGGACUGCAAAGAGUGCAGAACGUACUGCUAUUGAAGCGAUAAUUUUCUCCAUAACCAGUUGUGGUGCUGGCUCACCGACAAUCAUUUCUGGCUUUCGAGAAUUGUACAAAUCACAUACAUUUGUUCCUGGUCUACAGUGCCAAGUGAAAGCCAUCGAUAUCAAAAAGAACGGAUUUACAUUUGAUCUUCAUUGGAAUGUUACAACAUUCUAUGGCAAUCUAACAAAAGAUCGCAGGAUCAACUCUAUGAUAUACUUUUCCGAAAAAAGGAUAGGAUAUCAACAGCAGCGAAUAAAUGGAACAUACCCGUGUUUUUGUGCACGAGAUGAUAUAUCUGUCAUUCAAUGGAAUUGCCAAUGGAGACAACUAUCGCUAUUUUUAGUUGUCUUUGAUCUUAUUAUGGGAACAUUAUUUUUCAUCCCGAGUAUGGGUAUGAAAAUUCUUAGAGAACGUUUUCAAAAAGAAUCACAAACUGAACAAUCCACAGAAUAA